AUUCUUUUCACAAUUACUUUCUGGCUACUGCUUAGGCAACACCUCACUGAACAAAAAGCACUUCAGCUAAAAGAAGCUACUUUAUCUGAGGUCAAAGUUGGAAAUGAAGAAAAUGAAGAAAAAGAAGAGGAGUUACAAGAGGGAGAUGUGGCAGAAGAACAAGAGGAAGAAAAGGAGGAGGAGGAGGAGGAGGAGGAAGAGGAUGAUGAGGAUGAACAGGAUAUUAUGAAAGUCCUGGGGAAGCUGGUGAUGGCUAUGUUCAUCAAGUACUGGAUUUACGUCUGUGGGGGCAUGUUCUUCUUUGUCAGCUUUGAGGGUAGAAUUGUCAUGUACAAAAUCAUCUAUAUGGUACUGUUCCUCUUCUGUGUGGCCCUCUAUCAGGUACACUAUGAAUGGUGGAGAAGAAUUUUAAAAUACUUUUGGAUGUCAGUGGUUGUUUACACAAUGUUGGUACUUAUCUUCAUCUAUACAUACCAGUUUGAAUCAUUCCCUGGCUUGUGGAAGAACAUGACGGGCCUGGAUGAAAACAAACUAGCAGACCUUGGCUUAAAACAGUUUUCUGUGGCUGAGCUAUUCACACGCAUCUUCAUCCCCACCUCCUUCCUACUGGCGUGUAUCUUACACCUUCACUAUUUCCAUGACCGAUUUCUCCAGCUUACUGAUUUAAAAGCUGUAACCAGCAAACAGGACAACACUAUCUACAGUCAUGCCAAAGUCAAUGGUCGUGUUUACCUAAUAAUUAAUAGCCUCAAGAAAAAAAUACCAAACCACCAAAAUGAACUGGUACACCAAGAUGGAAGCCUGCCUGACAUAACUAUGAUGAAUUUAACAGCCAGCAGAGAAAAGGAAGAGGAUAAAAUGCUAGAAGAGGCUGGUGAGAAAAGAAUGGAAGAGCCAGAGGGGGAGGGAGGGAAAGGGAGGGUCGAAAAAGGAAAAGAAGAAGAAAAAGAAGAUGAGGACAAGGAAGAUGAUGAUGAUGAAGAUAAUGAAUCAGAGGAAGAAGAAACUACAGACUUAAGGAACAAGUGGCAUCUGGUGAUUGAUCGCCUUACAGUGCUGUUUUUGAAAUUCCUGGAGUAUUUUCAUAAGAUGCAAGUCUUUGUGUGGUGGCUGUUGGAGCUGCACAUCAUCAAAAUCGUUUCCUCUUACAUCAUCUGGGUCACUGUGAAAGAGGUGUCUCUGUUUAACUUUGUGUUUUUAAUUGCCUGGGCUCUUGCUUUGCCAUAUGCUCAGUUUCGCCCAUUGGCAUCAAGUAUCUGCACUGUUUGGACAUGUGUGAUUAUUGUCUGCAAAAUGUUGUACCAGCUCACGUCUAUUGAUCCCAGCACUUUUUCCAGUAACUGUACGUUGCCAGGAGAGAAUGAAACUAAGGUCAAUUUAGAAGAACUCAAAACCUCAGUCCUCUACAGUGGGCCAGUUGAUCCUGCAGAGUGGGUUGGAUUGAGGAAGUCUUAUCCUCUGCUUGUGUACUUAAGGAAUAACUUACUGAUGCUGGCUAUUCUGGCUUUUGAAGUUACAAUCUACCGUCAUCAAGAGUACUACAGAUGUCGAAAUAACCUUACUGCACCUGUGACUAAAACCAUUUUCCAUGAUAUCACAAGAGCACAUCUGGAUGAUGGACUAGUAAACUGUGUCAAGUAUUUCAUAAACUAUUUUUUCUACAAGUUCGGUUUGGAGACCUGUUUUCUUCUGUCAGUGAAUGUAAUUGGUCAACGAAUGGAUUUUUAUGCCAUGAUUCAUGCCUUCUGUCUGAUUGCUGUAUUAUAUCGACGUAGAAGAAAAGCUAUUGCAGAGAUCUGGCCAAAAUACUGCUGUUUUCUGGCAUGCAUCAUUACGUUCCAGUACUUCCUUUGUAUUGGUAUCCCACCUGCUCCUUGUAAAGACUAUCCAUGGAGAAGUGGUAAUGCCAACUUCAACUCCAACAUCAUAAAGUGGUUAUACUUUCCAGACUUCAUUGUGAGACCAAACCCUGUCUUCCUUGUCUAUGAUUUCAUGUUGCUGCUGUGUGCAUCCUUACAAAGACAGACAUUUGAGGAUGAAAAUAAAGCUGCAGUACGAAUCAUAGCUGGAGACAAUGUGGAAAUUUGCAUGAAUCUUGAUGCAGCAUCUUUUAGCCAGCAUAAUCCUGUUCCUGACUUCAUUCACUGCCGGUCCUACUUAGACAUGUAUAAGGUGAUAAUAUUUAGUUACCUCUUCUGGUUUGUGCUUACUAUAAUCUUCAUAACGGGAACCACAAGGAUCAGCAUAUUCUGCAUGGGCUACUUGGUAGCCUGCUUUUAUUUCCUUCUCUUUGGUGGAGAUCUCUUGCUGAAGCCCAUCAGGAGCAUUUUGCGUUACUGGGACUGGCUGAUUGCCUACAACGUCUUUGUGAUCACAAUGAAGAACAUCCUAUCGAUAGGAGCAUGUGGCUACAUUGAAUCAUUAAUUAAGAACAGCUGCUGGUUGAUUCAGGCAUUUAGCCUGGCUUGUACAGUUAAAGGCUACCGUAUUCCAACCAAUAAUCUAGAUUGUAAACUGCCCAGUGGUGAAGCAGGAAUCAUUUGGGACAGCAUAUGUUUUGCUUUCCUGCUGCUGCAAAGAAGAGUCUUCAUGAGUUACUACUUCCUGCAUGUGGUUGCAGAUAUAAAAGCUUCUCAGAUCCUAGCGUCAAGGGGUGCUGAGCUUUUCCAGGCCACAAUUGUCAAGGCUGUAAAGGCAAGAAUUGAAGAGGAAAAAAAAUCAAUGGAUCAACUGAAAAGACAAAUGGAUCGCAUCAAAGCCAGGCAGCAAAAAUACAAAAAGGGUAAAGAGAGGAUGCUAAGCAUGACCCAGGAGUCCUCAGAGGGGCCAGAGAUUCGGAAGGUUUCUGAAGAUGAUGAUGAAGGAGAAGCAGACAAAGAGAAAGCCAAGGGCAAAAAAAAGCUGUGGUGGCGGCCUUGGGUUGAUCAUGCUUCCAUGGUCAGAAGUGGAAAUUAUUAUUUGUUUGAGACGGAUAGCGAAGAGGAAGAGGAAGAGGAGAAAAAGGAAGAGGAAGAGCCUCGAAAAAAAUCUGCAUUUCAGAGAGCUAUUGGGAAAUUUGCUUCAGCCAUUUUAGCCUUGCCAAAGUCUGUCAUUAAACUACCCAAAACUAUUCUUCAGUAUUUAAUCAAAGCAGCAAAGUUUGUUUAUCAGGCCUGGAUUACUGACCCUAAAACAGCACUACGACAGAGGCGCAAAGAGAAGAAGAGUUUUGGCAAAGAGGAGAAGCGAAGGCGAAAGGGAUCUGGGGAUGGUGGUACUGAUGCGGACUGUGAAGACAGUGAAGAGGAACCUGUCAAGAAGAAAUCUGAUGGACCAGAUAACAUCAUCAAGAGGAUAUUCAAUAUCUUGAAGUUCACUUGGGUCCUUUUCCUGGCAACACUAGACAGUUUUACAGCUUGGCUUAAUUCCAUCUCUAGAGAACACAUCGAUAUCUCCACUGUGCUAAGAAUUGAGCGCUGUAUGCUGACCAGGGAGAUUAAGAAGGGGAACGUUCCAACGCGGGAGAGCAUCCAUAUGUAUUACCAGAACCACAUGAUGAAACUUUCUAAGGAGUCAGGACUGGACUCAAUUGAUAAAAAUCCUGGACAAGAUUCUGGUUUGCAAGCAUCUGAAAGGAUGGAUAGUUUAGAUUCAGCAGCUUCUCGUGACAGUAUCUCCAGCUGCUACACUGAAGCAACCAUGCUGUUCUCAAGGCAGUCAACCCUUGAUGAUUUAGAUGGACCAGACACUGUUCCUAAAACAAGUGAGCGCGCUCGACCUAGGCUUCGUAAAAUGCAGAGCAUGGAUAUGUCCUCCUCAUCAGCUGACAGUGGCAGUAUAGUGUCAAGUGAACCUACGCAGGUCACCAUGCUCUAUUCUCGUCAGGGGACGACUGAAACCAUUGAGGAGGUAGAAGGGGAGCAUGAAGAGGAAAGAGCUCAUUCUGCACCAAGGCCGGAGGAAGAUGAAGUGGAAGAUUAUAGCCUGGGCUCAGAAGGAGCUGCGUACACUCCUGAUACUGAUGUGCCAUUGUACUCCACUGUGGAUAGCAAUGCAGAAGUUCCACCUUCCUAUAGCAAAGCUGUCAGCUUUGAACACCUCCCCUUUGGCUCCCCAGAUGACUCAGCUGGUAAGAGUCUCAUGAUGGUGAGCCCAGACGACAGUCGGACGGACAAACUUAAUGAUAGGAUUCUCGCUCCAUUGACGCACGAGCUAACGGCUAGUGAGCUGCUUCUGAACAAGAUGUUUCAUGAUGACGAGCUGGAGGAGUCAGAGAAGUUCUACGUUGGUCAGCCUCGAGUCUUGCUUCUUAUUUAUGCCCUGUACAAUACACUGGUAGCUCGGUCAGAAAUGGUGUGCUAUUUUGUGAUCAUCCUUAACCACAUGGUCUCUGCCUCCAUGAUAACCCUGGUGCUUCCCAUACUUAUAUUCCUUUGGGCCAUGCUGUCUGUUCCUCGUCCAAGCAAACGUUUCUGGAUGACAGCCAUUGUCUAUACUGAGGUGACCAUUGUCAUCAAGUACUUCUUCCAGUUUGGGUUCUUUCCUUGGAAUAAAUAUGUGGAUUACACUAAAGAUAAACCUUACCAUCCACCCAAUAUUAUUGGCAUUGAGAAGAAAGAGGGUUAUGUGCACUAUGAUCUUGUUCAGCUCCUUGCUUUAUUCUUCCACAGAUCCAUUUUAAAGUGCCAUGGGUUAUGGGAUGAAGAUGAGAAAGGGGACAGCUCCAGUAAUAAAGAGGAUACUGAUGAUGAGCUCUCUCUGACAGGAGGCAGGAGAGACUCUUCUACCUCUUUGAAAUCUGUCAAUCUUGCGGCAUCGGUGGAGUCUAUCCAUGUCCACUUCCCUGAGCAGCAGACGGCCAUCAGGAGGAAGAGCUCUAGCAGCGUGUCACAGCUUUCGCACAGGUCCAGCUUCUCCUCACACAGAUCUAAGAGAGGAAGUACCAGUACACGAAACAGCAGUCAGAAAGGAAGCAGUGUGUUAAGCAUCAAACAAAAAUCUAGGAAAGAGCUUCUCAUGGAAAAGUUUCGAGAACAAAUGAUCAAAGCCAAGGCCUUUACAAUUAAAAAGACUCUUCAGGUGUAUGUGCCCAUCAGACAGUUUUUCUACAACCUUAUUCAUCCAGACUACAGUGCAGUGACUGAUGUGUAUGUCCUGAUGUUCCUAGCAGAUACAGUGGACUUCAUCAUCAUAGUGUUUGGAUUUUGGGCUUUUGGGAAACACUCUGCAGCAGCAGAUAUUACCUCUUCAUUAUCAGAGGACCAGGUCCCGGAGGCAUUUUUGGUGAUGGUGCUCAUUCAGUUUGGUACCAUGGUGGUAGAUCGAGCACUGUACCUCAAAAAGACUGUCAUGGGAAAGGUCAUCUUCCAGGUCAUCCUUGUUUUUGGAAUACAUUUCUGGAUGUUCUUUAUCUUGCCUGGAGUGACAGAAAGGAAAUUUAGCCAGAACACAGUUGCCCAGCUCUGGUAUUUUGUGAAAUGUGUUUAUUUUGGCUUAUCAGCAUAUCAGAUACGCUGCGGAUAUCCAACUCGUGUUCUUGGCAACUUCCUCACAAAAAGUUAUAACUAUGUCAACCUGUUCUUAUUUCAAGGGUUCCGCCUGGUUCCAUUUUUGACUGAGCUGAGAGCAGUAAUGGACUGGGUUUGGACUGAUACCACUCUCAGUCUUUCCAGCUGGAUCUGUGUGGAAGAUAUCUAUGCUCAUAUAUUCAUCCUGAAGUGUUGGCGAGAGUCAGAAAAAAGAUAUCCCCAACCAAGAGGCCAGAAGAAAAAGAAAGUUGUGAAGUAUGGAAUGGGUGGCAUGAUUAUCGUCUUGCUGAUUUGUAUUGUCUGGUUCCCACUGCUCUUCAUGUCUUUAAUCAAAUCUGUUGCAGGCAUCACCAACAAGCCUCUAGAUGUUUCAAUCACAAUAACUCUAGGAGGUUAUCAGCCUAUUUUUACAAUGAGUGCUCAACAGAGUCAGCUCAAGGAUUUGAAUCAGACUGGUUUCAAUGCAUUUCUGGGAAGCUAUAGGGGUAACACUGCUGCUCUGCAGUUUCUAGAGGGCUAUGGAAAAGAAGAUAUAACUCUAGCAGAUCUAGAGGGAAAUUCAAAUUCUUUAUGGACCAUCAGCCCUCCAAGUAGACAGAAAAUGAUACAGGGACUGCUGGAUUUUUCAGCUGAGUUCACUGUAGUUCUUUCAUGGAGCAUUCAAAGAAAUCUCACCCUUGGUGCCAAAGCUGAAAUAGCAUCAGAUAAACUUACCUUUGUCCUACCAGAGAACACCAGAAGAGAUAUUGCUACAAUGAUGUCUGGACAGCAACUGGAAAAGGUAACAUUGGAGACAGUGUACCCAUACUACAUCAAGGCUCCUAGUGAUUCUCUGGCAAAACCCAUAAAGCAGCUAUUGACAGACUGCAGAUGGGAAAACAUUACAGUUUCCCUGGUCAAAAAUGUGUCUGAUGAAGGAGUGCGUGAGUGGUGGGUUUUGAAUCAGCUUGGAAAAAGAUACAAAACAUCUGAAGAGAGCCUUGAACUAUUCAUAUUCAGUGACAAAGUCAGUCCACCAAGCCUUGGAUUCCUGGCUGGUUAUGGCAUCAUGGGACUAUAUGCCUCGGUUGUUCUGGUGAUAGGGAAGUUCGUCCGUGAAUUUUUCAGUGGGAUCUCUCACUCCAUCAUGUUUGAGGAGUUGCCCAAUGUAGACCGAAUCUUGAAGUUGUGUACUGACAUUUUCUUAGUGCGAGAGACUGGAGAACUGGAACUAGAAGAAGACCUGUAUGCCAAACUAAUAUUCCUGUAUCGCUCACCAGAGACUAUGAUCAAAUGGACUAGGGAAAAAACUAAUUGAUCUCUUUGGUGUCACACUGCGAAUCAAGUUGAUUUCAUCUGAAUUUUAAAGGAAAAAUUAAAAAAGCACAAUAUUCUCUUAAGAGCUAAGCCUUUUAUAGUUAGGUAGCAAUGAUUUUUCACUGAAGGAGUCCUGGAAGCUAUGGCCUUAGGAAUCCAUGCUGCCUUUCAAAUUAAGGAUCAACAGUGAAGAAGGGUGGAUGACUUGUUGUUUUUAAUGUGCCACUCCUCUACAAUCUGGGGACUGCUUUGUAAUUUAAUCAACAAAAAGUUUGCAUCUUUGUCUGGCUAAUUUAAUUUUCCAGGCGAUCAUUACAACUUAAAGAGAAAAGAAAGGAGUGAACCCACAGAUGACUCCAGCGUACCUUCUUAACCCUUUCUGGAGCCCUACAGAUUGGAUUGUGCAAUAUGCUGUUGUACAUCACUGACUUUCAAGCUACAGUAAUAGGAUGCUGACUAGCCUUCAGGACACCCAAGACGCAGGGCCGCAGUGGGAGCUGAAGACAUUCUAGCCAUACCCAUUUGUAAAAAAUCAGAGGUUUUGAUGUACAAAGGACACCGUGGACAAGCCUCUGUUAGCAAAAAGAAAACAAGUAACAAUCUCUUUAAAUGCCUUAUUUUAUUUGUACAGUCGCAGAAGACGUUUCCACCAAACACAAUGACUUUUCUCAGGAAAAAAAAAAAAAAAAGAAACUUGAUAGUUUGUCAAGGUUAACUCAUGGCUAGAAUAAUUAUGGUGAAUUAUUGGGGUGUUCUGCUGGGCCAUUCUCUUCAAAGUUACUGCUUUCCAUUAGAUAAGAAAAGAAAGUGAAUUAAAUGACCUAAGGAGCUACUUCAUUUCUUAUAACCCUUUAAAGACUGAAUAGUGUGUGCUUUUCUCUGCUCCCCAUGACAUGCUUUUUCCCAUUUCGAUGAUUUAAG